AUGGUUGCCCCAAACACCAACGGCAAUGGCGCUGAUCUACCCAAGAUCGACAUCAAGCCGCUGCUCUCGCGGCUCUGGCCGGUGCCCAAGGAGGACAUCAACCAGGUGAGCGCGGACGAUAUCGCAGAGGCGAUAUCGUACUUCUUCACCGACCGCGUUUCAGAGGUGCAGGCCGCAUCGCUGCUCAUGUGCCUGCACUUUACGGGAUUCGACCGCCGCGCCGACGUCAUGGCCGCCACGGCCGCCCGCAUGCGCUCCGCCGCCGAGAAGAUCGACCUGACCGAGAUCAACCGCAUCAUCCUCGACCGGAACCUGGGUGAGGGCAACUACCAGGGCGGGCUGGUCGACAUUGUCGGAACCGGAGGCGACGCCCACAACACCUUCAACAUCAGCACCACGUCCAGCAUCAUCGCCAGCUCCCUGCUCAUGCUGGCCAAGCACGGCAACCGCUCUAGCACCUCAAAGUCGGGCUCCGCCGACCUGCUCGCAAACAUGAAGCCCAUGCCGCCAAACAUGGACAACGUCGCCCCGACAACCCUCUCAAAGGUCUACUCCGAGACCAACUACGCCUUCCUCUUCGCCCCAGUAUUCCACACCGGCAUGCGCUACGUCGCCCCGAUACGCAAGCAGCUUCCGUGGAGGACGCUCUUCAACCUCAUCGGCCCCUUGUCCAACCCGAUCGAUUCUGGCGUCGGCAGCCCCGUCCUCGAGGCCCGGGUCCUGGGCGUCGCGCGCUCCGAGCUGGGUUCCGUCUUCCUCGAGGCGCUCAGGAUGGCCGGCGUCGACAAGGCCAUGGUGAUCUGCGGCGUCGAGGAGCUCGACGAGGUCAGCUGCGCGGGCCCGACCAACGUGUGGCGGCUGAGGCGGCGGCGCGACGGAGAGGGCAACGGCGAGGCCGUCAUCUCGGAGCACUUUUACGUGCAACCCUCAGACUUUGGCCUGAGCACCCACCCGCUCGCCAACGUGUCGGGCAACAAGGAGCCCGCCGAGAACGCCGAGAUCCUGACCAAGAUCCUGCGCGGGGAGAUGGCCGACGACGACCCCAUCCUCGAGUUCGUGCUGUUGAACACGGCCACGCUCUUCGUCGCCAGUGGCAUCUGCGAGGCCGACCAGAGCAACAUGGGCCACGGUGACGAUGGGGUAGUCAUCAAGGAGCGUGGGCCCGGAGGGGAGCGUUGGAAGGAGGGCGUGAGGAGGGCGCGCUGGGCACUCAAGAGUGGAGAGGCUUGGAGGCAGUGGCAGGCGUUUGUCAAGGUGACCAACGGUAUAAGCCCUUGA